UGAAGAGAAUCACUUCCUGUGACCCAGCUGCGUCACUUCCACUUAAAGAUCGGCGUCUGGGCGGUGGGCCCUCACGCGGUUUCAACAUGCGGAUUGAGAAGUGUUAUUUCUGUUCGGGCCCUAUUUACCCCGGCCACGGCAUGAUGUUUGUCCGCAACGAUUGCAAGGUGUUCAGAUUCUGUAAAUCCAAGUGUCAUAAAAACUUUAAAAAGAAGCGGAAUCCUCGCAAGGUCAGGUGGACUAAAGCAUUCCGUAAAGCAGCUGGUAAAGAGCUUACAGUGGAUAAUUCAUUUGAAUUUGAAAAACGUAGAAAUGAACCUGUCAAAUACCAGCGAGAGUUAUGGAAUAAAACUAUUGAUGCAAUGAAGAGAGUUGAAGAGAUCAAACAGAAGCGCCAAGCUAAAUUUAUAAUGAACAGAUUAAAGAAAAAUAAAGAAUUACAGAAAGUUCAGGACAUCAAAGAAGUCAAGCAAAACAUUCAUCUUAUCCGGGCCCCUCUUGCAGGCAAAGGAAAGCAGCUGGAAGAAAAAAUGGUGCAGAAAUUACAACAGGAUGUGGACAUGGAGGAUGUUUCUUAAAAAUCUCACUGUUUCUUUAAGUGUUUUUGAAAAUCUCUUUAGGAGACCAGGAACUUCUAAGUUACCAAUUUAUAUUUUAAAUAAGGUCACUCAAAUGAGAGGUAAUUAAAAAUACACCUCUCCUACAUUGCUAUCAUUAUGGCUGUUAGAUUGCAUCUCCAUGUUAAACCUACUGAGAGUUAUAUUUAUGUAAGUCAUGCAAAUUCUCCUUGUAAAUACAAAUGUGGACAUAAAAUGGUCCUGCUGUUUGGAUAGUGGUACUAGGCAGAUUUAUGUGAAUGAACAACAGAAUUCAUGGUUAGCAAUAUGUAAAAUAAAUUUUCUUUGCAGUAAAGUAUUCCCUUUAUUAAUAUUAUGGAAAGGGGGCUUACAACAAAGAACUAAACCUGUAUGAUAAUUAGCUGUAAGUAAUCUUUUGAUUUCAGUAUUUGUUUUGGUUUCUUAGCAUCUUAGAAGAGCAUAUUGGCCUCACAUAUUGAAACUUUAUUAUGUUGGACUGUGUUGACCUGCUUUAACUGUUUUGAUAGACAGCUCUUAAUGCUGGGGGUGAUAGCUGAAUAGUGUGCUCCUGAAGUGACACCGUAUACUUUCCACUUUGGAGAAUACUUAAUUCUGAGCUUACUGAUAGAACCAAAUCUAUUUUUCCAGCAUAGCAAUGAUUUAAAAGCAGAGGAAUUGCAGUGUCUUUUAAGAUAUAUCAUGUGGCUUUCUUUUAUAAAGCUCCUAAUUGCUCUUGGAAAAUAGAAUUUAGGGUUUUAGCAUCACAAAUUAUUUGCACAUAAGAUCCUUUUUUUCCAACAUAACUGCAAGUUUUUCGUUUAGAAAAACGUAAAAAAGAAAGUAUUAGUGGGAAGAAAAUAAUUCCCUCACUCCUACAUACUACUGAAAUAGAUACAUUUUUAAUUAAAAAUAUAUUCUGGAUAUGUAAUGUUUUUAUAUUUCUACAUUAUUUGCAACUUUAAAGAUAGUAACUCAGUUGUAUUGUUUUUUGAGGAAAGAACUUAGAAUAAAUUAUAAUCAUAGGGUUCUAUAGGGGAAAUAAUGUAAGAAAUCAAAGACUUGUUAAAUUAUUUGAAGUUCUCACUCCAUAGAUGUAUGUUUGCUUUACUAUAGACAUAUUUAAGAUUACCUCCUGUUAGAUUUCCUACCUUGUUAGCAAAAUGUUGCCUUAAGUCCAUCAAUAUGGGAAAUUGAGCUAAAAGGAAGAACUGACAUGGCAUCUCAAGUUUAACAUCCAGACUGUUCUAUUAACUGUCAGGAAUUCAUAGUAUUUUGAGACCCCAGGUAUCAUUAUAAACUAUGGAUGCAGAUGCCACAGUGUUACCCCCUGCAACUCUCUAAACUUGGUUGGAUCACUGAGUUGUCCCCCCACCUUUUUUUUUUUUUUUAAAGAUUUUAUUUAUUUAUUUGACAGAUCACAAGUAGGCAGAGAGGCAGGCAGGAAGAGAGAGGAGGAAGCAGGCUCUCCGCAGAGCAGAGAGCCUGUUGCGGGGCUCGAGAUCCCAGGACCCUGGGAUCAUGACCUGAGCCAAAGGCAGAGGCUUUAACCCACUGAGCCCCCCAGGUACUCCCUGAGUUGUCCCUUAAAAAUGUUGCCUAAGAAGGGGCCUGGUACAGUACUGUUGUUUCUAUUUGUCUGAUUGAGACCUCUGCUGGACAGUUAGUGUAAUAGAAAAGCAUAAAAUUUUCCAGGCACUUGAUACACAGAACUUUAAUGUUCUCUAAUUGCUUUAGGGUAAUAAAACACUGGCAGUCAUUGGAAAGAAUUUCCUUACACACUUGCCUUACAAAACCCUGUAGGGUAGCAAAAAGAAACAUUAAGGGGCACUUGGCUGGUUCUAGAGCAUGCAACUCAUGAUGUCAGGGUCUUGAGUUCAGCCCCACGUUGGGUGUAUAGUAUACUUAAAGGAAACUUAUUAAAUCUCAUUUCUUAAAAAUAGGAAACCUUAAAAAAAAAACUUUGAAAGAUGUUUAUCUGGUAGAAAGAAGUUCCGUAAGGACUGACCUAUUUCCUAACACCUUGUGAAGUAGCACUCUAUUUUUAUAGAUGCCAACAGUUUUAGGUAACUUGCCUCUUUAUCACAUAGAAGAUGGAGGAGGUAGCAAUUUGUAUUCAUCCAAGUGCCAGUGUCUAAAAAGAAUUUAUCCAGAGUCUCAGAUCCAGUCUUUACAAGUCCCACUGAUGGCUGUGAGAGAGGACUAUAAGUUACUUGAGUGAUGCUCAACUUGACUGUGCCUUAAUUUCUUGAUUGGAAAAAUGGAAAUGAUAAUAUGACUAACCUGAGGAUUUUUAUAUGAGGACCCAAUUAGGUAAUAUUGUAAAAUAGUUUUAUCAAAGUCACUACCAUAGUGGCAAGUGUUAAAAUGUUAGCUCUUAGGAUUGGCUAUGUGACCACACAAAACUCAUAGCAGUGGGCUUUGCCUCAGGACAAAGGUGGAGGAUAUUAGUGUUUGGGGGUAAAUAUAGCUAAAUUGAAUUUGUGGACUAAUUACAGUGCAGACAGGGCUGCAUAGAGUUUAAAACAUUAGUUUUAGCUUUUAAUGUCACUUAGAAAAUUCACUUAUUAAGAGCAUCUUACUCCCCAUUCUCUGUUACGAAGGUUGGGAAAGGCAAUACAUUUCUUCGUUGUCAGCUAGUAGUGUGAACAGUGAAUUGUCACCCACUAUUUUAAGGGCUAAUUUAUAUAAAGGGACUUACUUGUCCCUUAGCUUACAUUUUAAAUGGAGAUUGAAAAAAGACAUCAGACUUCACAAAUAUUUAUAAUGUAAAUUCUAAUAUUGAAUGAAGACUACCUUGUAAAAAUUAAGACUGUAGCUUGCUGUAUUAAAAGUGUUGAUAAGGGGAAAAUUGGUAUCAAAAAACACAAUUUCAAAGUCUAUAGGAAGAAUUUUCCAAAAAUCCGUAUUCCUUUAUUGAUAUGUAACAAAAUUGAAAAGGCAACUCAGAUUUUGCCCUGCAUGUCUUUAUAUUCAAUAUCAUUAGCCUCAUGUUGAUUUGAAUCAGUUGUGUCUAUUGAUGAAUUUCUUUUUAAGGAAGUGACCUUUUGCUUAAGAAUGUAUUCUUAUGUUCUGAAUGUAAAAAUCUGUACAUUCUGGUGCUA